AAAAAUAAAACAAAAACUUGAUAACAAAAUAUACGACUUAAAUCGCUUGAAAUUCCAAAAUGUUGUUUUACAUACAUAUGUUAUAAUGAAUAUUCCACUCUUUUUGGUAGUUAUAUUUCUUACACUUAUCUUUAUAUUCAAAAUUUAUUGGAAAAAAUUUGGGGAUAUUCAUAAAAUUCCCGGGCCGUCAAUAUUUGACUUCAUAAAACAUGUUUAUUUUAAUAAAUCUUCCCAAGGGGUAAUAAAGUAUUUUCAAACAUUGAAUAAAAAAUACGGUCCUGUUGUAAAAAUAUGGAUGCACCCGUUGAAACCCAUUAUAAUAACGACCGAUAUGGAAUAUGUUAAUAAAAUUUACAAAGCUAAUGAUCACCGUAUAACGCCGUGUUUUUCGGAAAUAACGUUUCUACGUAAAGGAUUUACAGUUACACCACACUAUGAUAUUUGGAAACAUGAUAAACAUCUCAUUAUGAAAACUUUUGACAAAGAGUACAUAUCAAAUAAACUGAAAAAAUACGAAAAAAAAUAUGACGAGCUUAUUAAUAAAAUACAUCAAAAUCAGGGAACACCAAUCGAUUUGCAAGAAGCUUUUAAUGAAAUGUUUAUAGAAAUCAUAAUGCGUUCUCUUAAUGAUUCAAACAUAGAAUUAACCGACAAGGAGAUUAAAGAUUAUUUAAAUUACAGGACAAUUUAUUUCGAUUUAUUAUUAGAAAAAAUGAAUUCGCUCCACAUGGUCGGAUUUUUGCAUAAAUUUACAAAAAACUACAAACUUUUAAUGGAAUACGGAGAGAAAAUAGUACAAUUUGGUCAAAUCUGGUUAAAAAGACUUCAAAACGUAGAUGAAAAACUAAGAGAUCAAACAAACGUUGUUUAUGCAAUGUUAAAUGGUGGAAUUCCUUUUGAACGAGUUGUCGAUAACAUGUCGGUUCUUAUUCAAGGUGGACAUGAUACUGGAAUUUUUCCAUUAUCUUUAGCUUUACAAGAAAUUGCAAAAAAUGUUGAAUUGCAAGAAAAGAUUUUGAACGAAAUUUUAAGUGUUUUAGGACCCGAUAAAACAUCUAUUACUUUAGACGAUAUCAAUAAAAUGUAUUAUAUACAUGCCGUGAUGAAGGAAUCAUUACGUAGAUAUCAUUCGUUACCAUUUCUGGAUAGAAAGUUAUUAUAUGAUAUGACUAUAAAAAAUGUGAAAAUACCAAAAGAUACAAUUGUAAUGUUUAAUUUCCCUGGAAUAAUGACAUCAGAAGAAAAUUACGAAGAUCCGCUAAAAUUUAAACCGGAGAGAUUCUUGAAAGGAAAUGUAACAUCGAAGGCGCAUAAAGGUUUUAUUGGAUUUGGUUAUGGUGUUAAAAUUUGUGCAGGUAAGCAUUACCUUAGUACUUGGUGUACAGUUUUUAUCAAAAAAUUGUAUGGUCAAAAAAUUUACAUUGGUGUCAGUGAUCACACAAUUUGUUUUGUGAUAAUUUAUCACAACACAAGGAACAUAACCCUUUGUCACAUUAAGAAAUUAUUGUACAAUAAUUCCUCUUCAUUUUUCUCUGGUUAUCGUUUCUGCAAUGGAACUAUUAAAAUAUUAAAGUAUGAUAAAGACAAACAUGGAUGACACAUGGGACAAAAAGUGUAAAGAAGUAGAUACUUGCUUAGGAGGAUCGCGAACUACAAUGGCAUGGAGCAUAGUGUCAUCCUGAAAAACAACAAGAAUGAAAAGUUAAGACGUAAAAGUGGUUAUUCCUGUAUCGGUAAAGAACAUUAUGAAAAGGAAUUGACAGAACAAAAACAUAACACAUAACACCAACAACAAGGUGGAUAGGAUCCAAAUUGAGUGAAUAAAGAACAUGUCUAACUCCGUACUGGAAAAGCUGACUGCUGUCUUUCAAGAGUUUGUGAUUGGCGCAGAAAUUCUGUAGGCUUGGACAGAAGAAUAAAUAACACAGCUCCAUAAAAAAAUGAGAAGAACUACCACAACUACCUAUGUCUUCCUAUGCUUAGAUAAUGUCUUCAGUUUAAAUCAAAUCACAGAAAAGAUCAUAGCUACAAAAGGAACAACACAUCUUCUAUUUAUUAUCUAACCAAGGCGUUUUAUACCAUCCCUGAACAAAAUUGUGGCAAGUUCUAUCACAAACAUAAAAAAAUGACACAUUAAAUAAAGCAGUAGAAGAACUAUACAGCUAAAAGCUUCAGUAAAGUUAAACAACCAAAUAUCAGAAAGUUUAACAUCACAAAAUGGCUCCAAUGGAUGGAAGAAGAAAUGUGGAGACAUGGGUAUUGUAAACAAAUGGAUCACAGUGGCAAAUGUGAAACGAAAGUACGAAGUUGACUACAAAAGGGAAAAGGGGAAUCAUAAUAUCAAAGGCAAUAAACUUCCUUUUUCUAAAAUGGAAUUCUAAAGAGAAAAAACAGCAGUUAUACACCACCAUCUUCAACCCUGUGGAUGAAGUUGUAAGGAUGCGAAACCUGGCAACUAUGUAAACAAUUAAAAGAACUGUUAAAAGCAGUAAAAACAGACAUCUGGAGAAGAGCCGACGAAGUGCAAAGAAGGUAAUUACAUUGGUACGGCCACAUUCAACGAAUGAAUAAUGAAAGAAUCCUUUAAAAAAACGAUGCAUUGGAGUCCAACUGGAAGAAUAUCCAAGGGACGUCCAAAACUACAUGGGCAUCGAGGAUUCGAAAUGCAAUGUCCGAAAGGAACCUGGCACCCAAAGACUGGGAACUAGAUAAUGAUGACUACCUAUUUCAUAACUUUUCUUCACCCUUGUAUCCAACAUCUGUUAGAUUUUUAAACUAGCACAUGAUCUAUGAUUGAUUUAUUAAGGUGGGUAUACAUUUAAUUUUGUUUGCGUAUAAGCGUAUCGUAUCACCGUUGCGUAUCAGUGUGUAUGAGGAAGCGUUACAUAGUUGCGUAUCAAAACAUAAUACAAAAACACGCAACGAGUCCGAUCCCCUAUUUGUUGGUUUUUCACAGUCACAUCAAAUGUUAUGAUGAAAUGAUAUAAUACGUAGUUGAAUCUUAUUUGGACGGGUUGCGUUAGCUCUUUUUUCUCUCGCCACUCGGCGUUGUGAUGUGCAAAUGGAGUGGAGUAAAGAAAAAACAUAAUGUGUGACAUGAUUGCCUACAGCCGGAGGAAUAACCUACAAAUAGUUGUUGGAUGUGACGCCAAUGCGCACCACACAAUGUGUGCAAGCACCAACACAAAUGAGAGAGGUGAGCUGCUUUUUGACAAUCCAACCUUUGUUACCAGAAAUAGAGCAAAGGUACUUGACAUUACGUUCAGCUCAAUUAUAUUAAGCUCCAAGAUAACCUCUCCUGGAGGGUAUCUUCAGAACCGUCGUGUUCAGAUCACACAUACAUUCAAUUUAAAAUUGAGCACUAAUUGGGAUCUGUUUAAGAGUUGCUUUGUAGAUAACCUAACUAGUGUCAUCGCUACCGUUAGGAACUGUGAUCAGAUUGAAAUAGCCACGGAGCAGAUCUCUGUGGCAAUUCGUUCUACCAUAGGUGGUAUAACCAAAGCACUUGGGCCUCAACGGUCUCUUUGUACAUCCUCACGGUUUACUUCGGUCAUGUGUAAGUCUAUUUGGAGGAGUGAAAGAUGUUCGAAAAUGGCAUCCGAUCAGGUUGAUACCGCUUCUCGCCUCGCCUUAAGCCGGGCUGGUACUCCAACGCCCAGCAA